UAGAGCAAUAGGUAUGUGUUAGUACUGUAGCGCUUUUGCUAAAAAAGUUCAAACAAUGAAGGAGUUUAAAGUUGUUGUCCUUGGAUCUGGAGGAGUGGGGAAAAGUGCUCUUACAGUUCAGUUUGUUACAGGAACAUUUGCCGAAAAAUAUGAUCCAACGAUAGAAGAUUUUUAUAGAAAAGAAAUUGAAGUGGAUAAUUCACCUUCUAUACUUGAAAUCUUGGAUACAGCUGGCACAGAGCAAUUUGCCUCAAUGCGCGAUUUGUACAUAAAGAAUGGGCAGGGUUUUAUUUUGGUCUAUUCCUUAGUAAAUGCUCAAUCUUUUCAUGACAUACGACCAAUGAGAGAGCAAAUUUGUCGACUGAAAGGAACGGAUAGGGUUCCAAUAGUCUUAGUUGGAAAUAAGGUUGAUCUAGAAUCUGAACGCGAAGUACGAACUGCAGAUGGUGCAACGCUUGCCAAUGAAUGGGGAUGUCCUUUCCUUGAAACUUCUGCAAAGAGCAAACGUAAUGUGGAUGAACUGUUUGCUGAAAUUGUUCGUGAAACAAACUUUAUGUCGCAGCCACCAAAAAGUGGAGAUUGUUGCAUUAUAUUAUAGCAGGCUGACAAAAGCCUACUGAAGAAAACUUGUGAAGUACAAGCAUCAGUUGACCCACAUUCAAUUGUUCAGUUUCAAGCAGUAUUGGAAUGCUGUAAUACAACUUUUGCAAGAGAUACAUUUUUGGUUUGGUAAUACAAUAGUAUACAGUGCUUUGUAAUAGUACACUGCUUUGAUAUAAAUAAUAUCUGUCUGAAAUGGAAACUUGAUCCAGCUUUAUAGACUUUCUGCUCUGCACUCUAUAUCAGUUAUGAUUUUUGUACCCUUUUUAGAAAGCAUAAAACUUUAUAGUUUAUUUUUGGUGCAGCACAUGUAUGUAUUGCAAACUAAAUUUAUUUGUCAAUUUAAAAAUGCUUAUUAUCACAUUGUAAUUGUUAACCUGAGUAGGAGCCUCAAUUUAAGAGCUGUACUGAUUGUAAGUUUCAUUUAAGGCAUUUGCUUUAUGUAUUACAAAACUGAUUCAGUUAAACAUUUGGUUUUAAAGUAUUAUUUAGUAUAACUGCUACAUUGCAAGUCAUCCAAAUUUGUUAUCACCCUAUCUGAUAACUUUAAUUUAUUUGUUUAUUCUUUGCGUUGGUUAUUUUUGUUUCUUAAUUUAAAGAUGUUUACAUUUUUGCCAUUUAAUUCCAUUAAACUAAAGAUUAUUAUUAUUUACAUUUCAAUGUGCUGUGUGUAUAACACCCAUUAUAAAAAGUCUUUUUCCCACUAACCAUACAUACAAAAAGGUUCAGUUUUGAUUACUUACAUUGGUUUACAUCAUCGAUGUUACACAUUCUAAAAGGAAUCGCUCUGGGCACUGUUCACAAUAUUAAAGAUAUUUUUAACAGUGAAAUUUAAAAAUUUGUGACCCGAUUCCCUAUAACAUGUUAAAUAUUUCUUCCCGAUUGUUAUUUUUAACAGCAGCAUUUCCCAUACUAUUAACAUUAACCUGGAACCAUGAGAUUUUUAUCAGCAAUUCCUGAAUAAUAUACAUAUAUAAGGUUCUUACACCAUGCCCCCUUUUUAACAAGCUCUUGGUCCGAAUUUUGUCUGUCUUAUUUCCUACACAAGGGGCCCAGCUAAAAGAAACUAAACAAACAAUAAUUAACUGAUAGUGGUAAGUUUGAAACUGUUUUAAGUUCACACAACUUGUGCCUCCCGCAAUGUGAAAAACUUUUUCUGUUUUUGUUGGUUGUUUUUAUGAGUGUACUUUAAUCACAUUACAUCGUUUUAAAUAAAUUUAACGUUAGAUUGUA